AUGCACAAACUCAAGCCUGCUAACAAAGCCAAACCAUUGGAACAACUACCCAUGAUUAUUACACGACACGAUCGUAGUAACUGCACUAACGUAUUCAUUCCUGCACCACUUCCAUAUGCUGGUCUGACUGCAGUAAUUUUAGCUACCGUUCUCAUGAGUGCGAGUGCAAGAUAUGCACAAGCUGGGUCAUGCGUUGACAGUAAGUGUCACACAAUGCCAUCUAACGAAACUGUCCACGAAAAUGGGGAAGGAUACGAAGGUUCUGUUGAUGAGACCAUACGAGACGAACAAGUCAACAUCACUGUGAUAUCCUUACAAAACCUAACGAUCACAGUAAUCAAUCAACGGUACUUAAAUGGACCGCCUUCACUGGACGUGCGGGCCCUUCCAUCUCUUCCACUCGUUUCGUUUCCUCGCUACUGUCAUCCAAGAUGUUGUCAAGUUUGCCGUGAACAGCUUCGACGAUAUAGUAUCGCCUUGUCGUAUCCCCUUUCCAAUGGGUAUGGUGAGAGGGCGGUGGAAAAGCUGUGUCUUAGUCUUACUGGUGCAUCGAUCGUGACAAUUGGCUAA